AUGAAAUCAAAUAAAACCAUUUUUUUAAUUUUAUUAUUUUUAAUAAAUUUUAAUUCAAUUUAUUCAUUCAAUUUUAAAAAAGAAAUUAAAAUAUCAAAUGAUAAAAUAAAUUUACCAACUUAUAACCCAUGGAUAUUUCAAGAUAGAUUUAAUUUAUAUUCAAUUUUAAUCAAUUCAACCAAUAUUCCAGUAUUUGGCGAAGAUAAUUCAAAUAAUUGUUUACAUGGUCUUCAAUUACAAUUUGAAUGGCAAAAUAGAUCAGGAAGAUUAGAAAUCAAUCAAGGACAUGUAAACACAAAAUCUUGGUGGGGUGAUAUGAAUUAUUAUUUAUCAAUUAUUCCAUAUUUAUCAGCUAUGAAAAUGGGGUUAGUACCAGUUGUUGAAAUUGUAAGUAUUAAUGAUCAAAGAUUUUGUUCGACCUAUGAAGAUUGUGAUCAAGAAGUAUUGAAUAAUUGGGAUAAUUUCUUUCAACAAAUUAUCAAUAUUAGAAACAAUGGUAGCGAAGGUGAUGAUCAACAACUUUUGAAAUUUAUGUGGACAGCUCAUAUUGGUAGUAUUGAUAAGGCAACAAAAUUAUUUACAGAUUCAUUAUUAUUAUUACCAAAAAAUGAAUUAAGAUUUGGAAAUGGUUGGGCACAUUUUGUUGAUGUUAUUGCAACUGUAAACUUUAACACCAACUAUUCAACAGUUUAUCAUUUAGGUCAACAAUUACCUCCAAUCAUGUUAAAUAGUAAUGAUACUCAUCCAUCCUCAAUAGAAUCAUUCACAAAAGAACAAAGAAAUGUAGUUUUAACAAUGUAUGAAAUUAAUGACCUCUCUUCCAAUAAUUUAGUUUGGAAUUCUUUUAUGUACCUUUUAAAGAAAAUGACAAAAAAUGAAAUUUGUAGAAAUUUAAUAAAUAAUGAAAUUAAUAUUUUCUUAAAUUCACCUGUUCCAACUAUUAUUGAAAUUUUAUUCGAUAUUUUAACAAAUAAUUGUUAA